AUGCUGAUACAAGAAUGUGCAGCAUGCACUAGGUGUCAAGCCAAAGCGAAGUCUUGUAACUACAAUCGUCCUGGUGCGGCUGGCGACAUUCCGCGCAAGCUUAGUCCAAGGGAAACACCCCAGCAUGUUCCUGUCCUUGUUUCACCUCCAUCUUCACCAGCCCAUUCAUUCUCACCAGCUCAUUUGAUUGAGGCGUCCUCGACGUCGACAAGCUUGACUCUCCCAGGCAUUGAGUCACGCUCCUUCUCGGAUAAUUACCGAGAAUCGAACUCGGACUCGAAUCUCAACCGUCAAUACCACGCAGCCCACGGCCGGUUCGCCGGCCAGGUGGCGGCGGCUAUAGAGGAGAGAGCUGGUCGAGCCCCACCAGCUACGACAUACCUUGUUCCACUGGUCGAUGCGCCCUUAUUUGGAGAUCUGGAUUUGCCCCUGCGAUCUUCCCCUCUUUCGGAGUCCACCGAGUUGCCCUCCCGCGCUCGUGCAGAUCAACUCGCCAAUAUAUAUUGGAGACACAUACAUCCGGUUGAGCCUGUGUUGGAUUAUGAUCAGUUUUCGCAGGUAUAUGCAAAGUCAUUUUCGACGGAAGGUUGCCUCGCGCAUACGGACCAUCACAUUCAGCUCAGUAUCCUCAAUGUGAUAUUUGCCCUCGCAGUGCAAAGACAGGAACGGGUGCCCUUCAAUUUGCGGAAUAAAGAGGGGAAUACUUAUUUUCAACGUGCGUGGGCGCUAUUCCCGACCGAGUCGAUUAUUUGGGAACCCGGUUCUCUUGAGCGUGUGCAGUGCUUGAUACUUAUGAACCGAUACAUCCAUUGCACAACUCAUCAGCAAAAGACAUGGAUGACUGCUGGACUAGCAAUGCGCAUCGCGCAAACAAUGUGUUGUAAUUCCCUUGAGACUCCCUCAGGCAAAGAUGCCGGCAAUGACGCGCGUUUGAAGCGUAAGGUUUGGGCGAGCUGUGUUGCAUUGGAUCGGUGUGUUUCCUGGUCACUCGGAAAGACAUCAGUGCUGGCACUCAUUCCAUCGCCGACAAGUGACUGUCAGCAGGGAGGCGAUCCAACCUGGCACUCUCGAUGGAAACUGGAACUUCACGAGAUAGGCAAUCAGAUUCAGAUGGCCCAGAUUCAGACACGAAGCACCCUCGCAUCUCGAUCUGUGGUGCCUUGUCUAGAUCAAUAG